AAGUGACAACUCCUUUCCCUGAUGCGAUAUAUAGCAUCCUUUUUUUUUGUUUGUUUACAGUGUAAAUUCUUUAAAGAUUCCAAAAAUACACCUCGUCUCUAGAAUGAUGUCAAUGACAGUAUGUCAAUGUAGAGGUGGGGCGUGGUUGAUCUGUUACAAUAUCUUUGUCAAAAUGUAAGAUUUUUCUUUUAAUUGGUACAGUUAAUUGUCUGUUAAUUGCAAACCCAUAAGAAGCAUAAUUGAUAUCUUCGGUGAAAUACACAACAAGAGGGAAUAUGCUGAAAACGAAUGGAACUGAGAGCUGGCAGUAUAAACAUCGAUCUCUUUCUAAUACAGUAUUACCUCUUGCAGAUAAAUGAUAAUAGUAUUGUAAUUAUUGUUAGAUAAAGCUCAUCACAUAUAUGCCAUCACUAGUUUAUUAAAGAGAUGUUGUGAUGGAAGCAAUUUGGAUAUAUCAGUUCAGGCUGAUAAUCAUUGGGGACUCGACAGUGGGGAAGUCGUGUUUACUGCGUCGCUUUACUGAAGGGAAAUUUGCAGAUUUCUCAGACCCCACGGUCGGUGUGGAUUUUUUUGCCCGGCUGGUAGAGAUUGAACCAGGGAAACGAAUCAAACUACAGCUCUGGGAUACCGCGGGCCAGGAGAGAUUCAGGUCGAUAACACGCUCCUACUACCGUAACUCAGUCGGUGGGCUGUUGGUGUUUGACCUAACCAACCGCAGGUCUUUUCAGCAAGUAAAGAAUUGGUUAGAUGAAGCCAAGAUGCACGUGCAACCUUUCCAAAUCGUGCUCAUGUUGGUAGGGCAUAAAUGUGACCUUGGUCUCCAGCGUCAAGUGACGAGGGAAGAAGCUGAAAAGCUGGCCUUGGCCUGUGGUAUGAAAUACAUUGAGGCUUCCGCCAAAGACGCCAUCAAUGUAGAGGAGUCUUUCACCAUUCUCACCAGAGAUAUCUAUGAGCUGGUGAAGAGAGGUGAGAUAAAUAUUCAAGAAAACUGGGAGGGAGUGAAGAGUGGCUUCAUUCCAAAUGUUGUCCAUUCAUCAGAAGAGGCUGUGAAACCUGGACGGCGAUGCCCUUGUUAAGUUGCUGUUGGGGAAGAAAUGCCAAUCCGCCAACAGCAAGAGCUACGUGCAUUGUGAAGAGUGCUACCAAGCACAUUGCUAUUCAGAUAUAUAAUACAAAUACAUAACACAUGUUUUUUUAAGAUGUAAAAGAUGCAUUGCUCUGUGGAGUUUUCCAAUAUUGCUCUCCAACACAGUAUAAUAUAGCCCUACUGUAUCAUUGGUUAUCUAAUCCAUACAAUGAGUGAUGGUUCAAAAUGUGUAGAUUCAGUAGCAUAAUAUUCUGCUAUAUAUAGAUUACCAUAAUAGUGCUUGUGCAACUGAUUUUGUUAGAGGAGUUAAAACAAAACAUACAAAUUGCACGUAAAAACAGGGCUGGUUUAGCCAGUCAUUUCUAUGUACAUUUUGUAAAUAUAUGAAGGAAAGCUGCCUGAAUGCACAUAGCAGUAUUUUGUAAUGGGAGGCAAGUGCACAUUAUAAAGUAAUUGCCUUACCACAUCAAAGAAAGUUUUGCAGCUGAAAUGUGCCUCAUUAGUGCAAUCAAGCUUUAAAAGCAUGAGAAGUCUGUUGCCAUGUCAAGUACGGUAAUGGAUUAGUGAAAUAAAGUAGGAAGGUUUCUAGAUAGUAAGUUGCAUUUCUUGCAAUUCGUGUUAAUGGGAGCUGGUUUCAGUUUUUGAAAGUGUGAAGUCACAGGCACAUUUUCUGAGAGGAAUAAAAAAAACAUUUUGUAAUGGUACAAAACUAGCAAAACUCAAAUGUAUGAAGGAGUAGUUCAAUUAUUGUUACAAAAUAGUUUGAUACUGUUAAAAUGACUCUCUAAAAAUGUACCUGAGCACUUGCUUCAAAAUGUUUUUAAUGACUUUCCAUUUUCUCUUUGAUUUAGCCAUCAAUGCAAGUACAUUUCAUAUAAUCAAGCUGUGAGAGUCUUGCAAAUAAGUGUCUUAUGGAAAUUGAGCUUCGGGUGCCAAGGUUUUAAAAUAUCUAUACAUCUUGUGCACUGACAUAUGCUAUGUAGAUGACAUAUGUGUAGUUUUGAAAGGCACACAUACCUAGUAUUGUACUAGCUAUCAGAAAAGUCUGCAAUCUAGCUCACAGUGUGCAUGCCUUGCAUAGCUUUCUUAAUUCACUAUUGUACCAAAUAUCAUGUUGUUAAAUUAAUAUAUGGUUGCAAUAACAUGUUUCUUUCCAAACUGCCUACACAUGUGAGACCACACAUAGCGAAUUGCACUGGUAAGAUUCAUGGAGUUAGCUGUAACCACUGCAAAGCUUCAGGAUUUCUAUUGUAUUAAAAAAAAAAAGUUUACUGUUAUAAGUAGAUGUUAUGUGUGAAUGUUUAUGAAUGUAUUCUAUUUUUAAACCAAAAAUUGUUGUACUUUUUGGUCAAGCCUAGAUUGAUUUAGAUAAGAAUAAUGACAAGCCACUGAAAGGCAUGGAAGGAAGGCAGUACCCUAAUUCUCUUUGAAUGAGAUCACAGUCAUUGCUGCACAUCUGCCACAUUCCUGUAUAUAGGGGGAAACACAGGGAGUUCUGAAAUCAAGUUACUCAAAAAUCUAGAACCACUGGAAAAUAAUCCUACAAACAGGCGCACUUACAAUGAUUGUGUAUAGCACUGCAAACAUAUAGUCAUGGGUGCUUAUAUCCUUGCCAAUGCGAUACAAUUAAACUCUGACUUGGGUGCAUGGACCAGUAUAUAAAACCAAAGGACUGAGUGCAUUUGCAUAGAAAACGCUGCAGUAUAAACCCAUGUGCCUACAUGCAUAAUUAUAUGGUACGUGAAAAAGUAUGUGAAACGUGUCUUAUUUUAUUAUUAACUUUCUCAGUAAUGGCAAAUCUGUAAUAACUUACCAGUAUCAUUCAAAACAAGUUUCCAUUCACUCUAUUCCUACGAAGCCAAGACAAUACCCAUUUCCGGACUCAAAGCGUGUAACCGAAGGGGAAACGAAUGGGAUAUUAAGUACUGCCUGCAUUAUUUGUUUGCUGCCUUUUUCUGUUUACCACUGUUUGUCAAACACGACCCAAUGUUAAUGGUAUUUUUACUUGCUAUAAUACUUGCAUACUUAAAAGCUGCAUGCUAGUAUAUACUGCAUUAUUGACCAUUAUUUGAAUAGUUCAGUUAUUUAUUGGCAGUUGGCAGUAUUUAGUUCAAUGUUGGAAAUCUAUUGUCUGUAUAUUCAGAAAAUAUCUAUCAAUUAUGUGGUUGUUUAUUUGUGUGCGUCUAUAUAUAUAUAUAUAUAUAUAUAUAUAUAUAUAUAUAUAUAUAUAAUGUAGUAGCAACAUUUUUGAUGCUUAUAUAAAUAUACAUUUAAAUGGUUUAAUAAAUCACAUGAAGAAACUGAACGAUCCGAUCAUUUAGUGACAAUAUCACAAAAAAUAUAUCACCACAUAUGUUUUCUAGUUUUCUUAUAAUAUUCAUAGGUACAAGGUUAAGAAAGCUUCUUGGCCACUGGAGCUGUUAUUUUAUUUAUUCAUUUAUUUUUAGACAGGAAAGUCGUUUUGGGAGUACAUUCACAUGACCACAGGAAACAGGAUGUUACAAAAACAAAACAAAAACAAAAAUCAGUAUCUGGGGGUACGGUAUUGCUGAAUUGAAUGGCACACCAACAUGACGUGAUAAUCCUCAACCCCAAAAUGUUUUGGUCAGCUGUUUGUUACAUCAUCUUACAUAUGUAACCAUUGUUGACAUGUGUGAGGUCACAUAGUAUUAGGAGUUACUGCACCCCCAGCUCGGGAAUGUGUUUACCACAGAAUCCACUUCCCUUUGGUCUAGUGAAUUCAUUUCCAGUUUUUUUUCUGUACAUUAGGAACUAUUCCAAACUUGGUUUAUGUGGCACUAUGGUAAAUAAAGACCAUUCAUUAUUUAUUUAAAAACUAACAAAACUGGAUUAAUGGUACAUUUCUUAUUUUAAUUUUCACCAGGGAUUCAAUUUAGUUCCCAUUAGCACAUCCAUAUCAAAAAGGAAGGCCAAAAUUGUUAGACAAUCUAUGUGCAAUAUUUUAAGUGCCCUUGGAGCAAGACGUUAUUAUACAUGCUAUGUAUUUAUCCAUGUCUGUUUUAUUCAAUAUAUUUUUUGUGAUAUUUUAAAGUUCCAGUAAUAGCAGUGCAAUAUCGUAACUCCUGUGACUGCAAUUGUAUUUUAAAUGAUAUGAAGUAAUCAAUAAAUAACAGUGUGUUGCUAGUUCAUUCUAGUUUACACUUUAAACACAUUACGCUGUUGCUGCUUUGAAAUUGAAGCAUGCGAUCAGUCGGCUACCAGUUUCUGAGGUUUUCCAGUGGACUUUUCCAGUGGACUGCUCAGUGCUUACCCCUGGCAUAUCCUUGUCGCCAGCAACACCCCACAGGGCAUCACAGGGGUUAUCAUUCAUGGAUUAAUUUACUGUUCAAGCAUUCAGUGUGAAAUUGUGUGGCAGUUCAUAUGUAAUCAUGUUGUAAUUAACAGAACUUAAAAAGUGUUCCCAUUGUUGUUUGUUGCUUUAACAAUAUAUGUUAGAUUUCCAUUGCUCAAAAUGUAAACAGGUACUUGCCACAAUUAUAAACAACGUUAUGAAAACAUGCCAAGUAUUUUCAAUGACCAGAACGUGCAUUGGAGUUAUUGUUCAUAUAGAAAGAGUAUUUAGUUUACUAUCUGGUCCUGAACUCUUGAUUGUAUUAUGUUGAGCCUUACUGUGCUUUUAUUGAAUAUUAUUGAACGUCUCAUUCAGGUUCACUCUACUGAUUUACCAGUGUUCAACAUUGUCAGAAGAUUGAGAUGCAUCCAAUUACUGAUUUGUUAUCAUUUACAGUUUAUUAAUUUAGAGUUAUAGAAACGUGUUAUAAAGUGAUGGUGGAAUAAUUACAUGGCUCACAUAAUUAUUUUUAAUGUUGUUUUUAUCAAACUUAUCCAGAUUUAAUAUGAGGUGUUUUAGAAAGUUGUUCCCAAAGGAAAGUCUCAUGAUUGCACAGACCUACUGAUAAUCAAGUGCAAUAUGAUUUAAUCAGAUGUGUUUGUCUGCCACUCUCUAUUCCCUUAUUGCUUCACAAUAGGUCGUAUUUUCCUUCUGUAUACACCAGUGUAAAGUUGGUCUCAUUUUCUUAAUGCUAUAACACUAAUAAAUGAAGCCAAAUCGUU